AUGUCGUGGCGAAGUCUUGAUGACAUGAAGCACAUCACUCAAGGGGUUGACGUGGUCAACCCUGAGUACAAGCACCCUCAGCUGGUGAUUGUCAACGAUGCCUUUGUACUUCCCAACACCUUGGCCACCCAAUUUGUCUCCCUCUUCAUGAAAGGGAAGCUCUUCAGCGGCAAGAACCCAACCCAGCCCCGUCCGUCCGACGAAGAUGAGCAGGCCCUCUUCUGCCAGCCCUACAGAGAAUGGGCGCCGGCGCCGUACAACAACCCCCGGAUCCGGGUCGACAACGCCCUAUCCCGCACGAUCAGCAUCAUUGGGGGCAUGGGGGAUCUCCUCAGCAUCGUCAUGACCACGAGCACCGAGUGCGACCGCGACCUGCAUCACAUGAAGACGCGGGUGCUGCACGGCCUGCCGCCCAUGUCGCUCACGCGAUGGCGCCAGAAGGGGCUUCACGAGCUCGCCAACUUUGAGCGAGCGUGCGAGCAUCUGAGCCAGGUCGUCGACGCGUUCGAGUAUAUCAAUCUGCCGCAGACGCAGGACCGUAUGCGCAAGGCGGCCAACGGGGUGUGGGACACGUGCAGCGAUUUCGAGAGGGCGCUGAACGCCUACCGUAGCGAGCGCGGCCGGGAUUCGAUCUCGGUGACGGCGAUGUGGGAGGAGUUUCUGGUGGAUUACUUGACCACGGUCGCGGAGAGGGCGCAUGCUUGGACGCUGGCGCGGUUGGAUGAGCUCAGGGAGGUGCAGUGGGAGAGACUGCAGGGUACGGUGUCGAUGCCCAUACAGACGUUGAUGCCCAUGCAGUUGGAGAUCCUGGACAAGGUGCACGAUCUCACGGAACUCACGAACAAGGUCGACACGCGGAUCAUGCUGACACUGCCCGGGUUCCGGCUGCAGACGCUCACAGCGGCUAUCCCGCGGAUACGCGACAACUGGGAGGGGUACCAGGGCGGGACGCCCAUGACGGCCUUCCCGUACAACAUGCGGUUCCGCUCGAAAGUGUACGCCUUGCGGUGCAAGUGGCUCACGAACCAGGCGAUGGUGCUCUACACCAUGCGGAAGGGCGCAGACGUGAGGCAGCGCGGGCAUCCGGUGCGGAGCGAGGAGACCAGCCGGCUGCAAGCGCAUGCGUAUGUGACGGCCAGGCGGGAGUUGCGCGGGCCGUCGCAGGCAAUUUCCGGCGACGAGCCUUGGAUAUGUGAGGUGAAGAACAUGAUGAACCUGGGCAACCGGUCCCUCCGGACGUGGGGGUUCGUCGGGUACCGCAUCUGUUACGAACACUCUGACGAGGAGUGGAAGACGUUCCUGGAGAAGUUCAAGAGCGACGUGACGGCUUGGGGGGACGGGGUGCAUGGUGCUGGUGACGUGAAGCCGUUGUGCAAGGUGCGGUGGCUCGAUGGCCGGGAGCAUGGCAUUCCCGAAGGUGAUGUUGAGGCAGCGAAACGACAUUACCAGGAGUAUAGCAAGUCGCCAGCGAUGGCGAUGUUUCUCCCAACAGGUCCAGACUCGGUCUUCUUGGCUGCGGACAAGGCGUCCAUCGAGUCUUAUCUGCAUCCGAUCCAGGACAAUGCCGGACCCGUCAUUCCGGUGGGCGAUCUUGGAAGUUUCAUCCUCGCCGUGGGAAGCGCGGAUAGUGAGAGGCGGAGAAGGGGAAGUGGGAGAGAAGAGGGCGAGGAAGUGGCAGAGGAAGCGGAUGGUUUCAACGGCAUUCUAAGAGUGCUCGGAUCAGUCCUCUUCGACGACCUCUGGGCAUCCCUAUUCCGCCACGCUUUCCGUCUAUCGGACCUGGCGAGGAUGGCAGAUAUUCAUCCUCGGCAGGUCUAUGUCGGGCCAACUGUGCCCAUGGAGAGAGACAGCUGGCGGAAGUCGGGCACGUGGAGUUUGACGGUGUUGAAGUCGUUUGAGAAAUGGCAGAAACAAUGA